AGCGCGCGCUUGACACUCGACCCCUCGGCGAAACGAGGGAAGCAGGUGGGUUGGGAGGAAGGGGAGCGGCUGUUCGCUAAACCAAACCUGGUACCGCCGCUAACUAACGUGAUCAGGAGACCGCUGUUGCUGAGCGCUCCUCUGGAAGGAGCAAGGUGGCGGUUUUGUGGCGGCAAGCGAGCUCCACCGUUGAAAUAAAACAGCAAGGGCGGUGGUUAUGAGGGUAGAGGAGUGAGGGUGUGGCAGCGGAUCGUCGGCAGAUAAGCGCGAGACCAGGUAAAGAUGUUGGAGACGGAUGCCGACCCGACGGGUGGAGAGGUCGAGGAGGAUGUGGAAACAGACAUGGGCAGCAGCGACAUGAAGGCCGAGGUGAUGCGGCUCACGCUGGAGCUCCAAGAGGCGACGGAGGAAAAGCUGCAGGCCGCUCGGUACGGGCUGGUGGUGUUAGAAGAAAGCGCCGCCCUCAAGAUGAAACACACGCAACUGGAAGAGGAACACGAAUCCCUAAAGCUGGAGCUGCAGCAGCUCAGAGAGGCUUUUGCAGAUUCUGUGAGCAGCCAGAAGCGUGCAGCUGCUGAUGGAGAGUGUCGGGAAGAGAGCCUGCUGCAGGAGACGGCCUCCAAAGAGGCUGCCAUGGCAACCCGGAUGGAGGAAGUUCAGGCUGAGCUCAAACAGACGCGUCUUGCUCUGGGCAACGCCCACGCCGAGCUCGACAGGCUGGGGGGGCUCUCCAUCCAGCUUAAGAAGGAAUGUGAAUGUCUGGAAGCGGAGAAGAACCAUUUGAGGGAUGAAAUGAAGGAAUAUAAAGUACGUGAGCUGCGUCAGCUACAGGACAACGGCGAGCUGGAGGAAGAAAAUAUCUCCUUACAGAAACAAGUGUCUGUGCUAAAGGAAAACCAGGUGGAGUUUGAAUCAAUAAAGCUUGAGCUAUCCCAGAAGAACGAAGAGCAAGAUGAGCUGCGAGCGCAGCUGGAUGAAGCCGCGAGGCUGAGGGAGAUCGCAGAGCGGCAGCUGGACGAGGCCCUGGAAGCGCUGAAGGAGGAGCGGGAGCAGAAGAACAGUCUACGGCGGGAGCUCUCUGCCCUGACCCUCAACCCGUUCGACUCCGUGGGGAACCUGGAGCUCCAUUUGGACCAGCUGGAUGACAGCCAGGAGGAGGGCCGCGGGGGGGAGGGCGACGCUCAGGAAGAGACCCAGGACAGCAGUCACACCAACGGAUCUGCACCCAGCUCCAAAAGCAACGGCCUCGUCCAUCGCUACUCCACGCCGCGCAACAGCGACGUUUUCCUGCGUCCUCCAGCCUCAGGCCUGGUGUCUGACCUGCUGAGUGAGCUGCACUUUUCAGACAGUCAGAAACUAAAACAGCAGCUGCUACAGACAGAAAGGGAGAAAUCCAGCCUGGGUAGCAAAGUGGAGGAACUGCAAAUGCAGCUGAUGAUGUCCAAACAGGCUCUAAGUCAGCAGGAGGACAAGGUUGGUGCUCUCACUCAGCAGCUGGAAGCCGCGCAAAGUAGUCCGCAUCCAAACCCGGAGGCAGAGGAGAGGCAGAAGGUGGAAACUGGAGAGGACGGCAGUGAGGGGUUCGACUACGAGGUUGACACUAAGAGCAAAGAGGUGCUGGAGGCACGAAUGCGCGCGGCCAGCGAAGAGCUCCUGAAGCUGCGAGACGAACUCUCUCAGGCGGGCGCGCGGUACAACACCCUCGAGCAGAGAUACAAGCAGGAGAAGGAGCGAUGGCGGGGCGAGGCCCAGGAGCUGGCCGACAAGAUCCGACAGUGCAUCAAGUCCAGCAAGCAGGAUCAGGAACGCAUCGGCGAGCUGGAGAAAGAGAUCGGAGCCACGCGGAAAGUGGCGAUCGAUUCUGAAGGGCAUCUGAGCGUCGCUCAGGAGGAGCUGUUGGCUUUCUCUGAGGAGCUGUCCAACCUCUACCACCACAUCUGUGUGUGCAACAACAUCACACCCAAACGGGUCACCCUGGACUACUACCGGGACAGUGCUAGGGGUGGUGGCGGAGGAGGAGUGCGAAGGUCACACCACGUCUUCGCCCAACACAACGCUCAGAAGAAGCCUCGGGCAAACGACAUGUUCAUCUCCAAAGCUGCGGCGCUGCAGUUCAUGGGCGAGGUGGACAGCGCAGGAUCCAGCGCAGACUCGCUGACCUGUCCCGGGUCCCCCACUCUGGAUUUCAGGGACCCGUCCAAUGUGUCCAACCUGGUUGCUGUCAUCCGUUGCCAGAUCAAGCACCUCAGGGUGGCUGUGGACCUUUGCCGUCAGAGAGGAGCGAUGCCGUACUCUGGGCUCAGCAGCAGCGAGGAGUCGGAGCGGGAUACCGAAAGCCUUUUGGAGGAAGUCCUAAAACUCAAAUCCCUUCUCAGCACAAAGAGAGAGCAGAUUGCAACCCUGCGUACUGUCCUGAAGGCAAACAAGCAGACGGCUGAGUUGGCCUUGUCUAAUCUGAAAACCAAGUAUGAGACGGAGAAGAGCAUGGUGUCGGAGACCAUGAUGAAACUGAGGAAUGAGCUCAAAGCCCUGAAGGAGGACGCUGCCACCUUCUCGUCUCUCAGAGUCAUGUUUGCCAGCAGGUGCGAUCAGUACGUCACCCAGCUGGACGAGAUGCAGAGGCAGCUUGCCGCUGCUGAGGACGAGAAGAAGACUCUUAAUUCCCUCCUGCGCAUGGCCAUCCAGCAGAAACUGGCCCUCACUCAGCGCCUGGAGGAUCUGGAGGCUCCUCAGGCCCCCCGCAGCCUGAACAGCAGCCCCCGGCGCUCCCGGGCCAAGGAGCUAGCCGCCAAGUCGGGCCGGGCCUCGCGCAGCCCCCGCAGCAGCCCCGGCAGGCCCCAGCUGAGGAGCAGUCCGCGGGCCAGCCCCGUCCUCGGCAGCAGCGUCCCCGCCUCGGCCACCCACCACUUGCGAGCUCUAACCCGAAGUCUCCACACAAGCCCUCGCUGAAACACUCCCACCAUCACUCCAAAACCCCUCUGCUCCAUAAGGACCAGUCUUCAUCUUGUGACUUCCCUUCCACCUGGCUAAUUCCUCCAUCCUCCCUGCUUGACCUGAGACAUCCUGUCCAUCCCAGAUAUGACGCUGCAUUAAUCCCUCUCUGCCAUGGAGUGAAAAAAAAUCUGAAAAGAUUAAAAAAAAGACAGAAAAUCUUCCAUCCCAGCCUCUUGCUGUGGAGAAACCUGCAUGCAUCCUGGAGGAGGCUGAAGAGUCUAACCUGCUGCUCAUUUCUCUCUCAUUGACUGUGUCUGUUUUGUCUUUUUCAAUGCGGUAUAUUGUGGUGAACCAUCGACAGUAUUUAUUCCAUAAACAGAAUCUUUCUUGUACAGUAUUUCCUAUCCUCUGACUCAGAUUCAAGGCUGUGAUCUGUUCUCUGGAGGCGUUAACGUCCUCACACCCUCUUGCCUUUAACCUGGCAACCUUGUCCGGGCUCUAUGGCUUUCUUUUGCAUCAGAAAGACAUUAGCUCCAGGUUUUCCCCCAGAAAACUGGCUAAGCCUGGUGGUUUGGCGCUAGGGCAGCCGUUCAUCCAGCGGCACGUCAUAUUUUUGAGUUAAAAAAUGUUUAAAGUUGACAGAAAAUUUGAAAAUAUCACUUUGUAAUUAUGUGUUACUGAAAGAUUGGAAGAUUAAUACCAAAACACCAACUAUAAAGUCUUAAAAAUGCAUAAAGAAACUUUUAAUUUUUAAAAAAAUAAUAAAUAAGCAAUGCUUAGCCUGGUGGGGGCACAUGUAAAGCCUGGUGGCCCGCCAGGCUUAUAAAGCACUGGGGGAAACCCAAUGAUCGUUUCUUAAAAUGAGCAGCGGAGAUUUACCGACAGAUCUAAGUGGAGCUUGCUGUUGUCGUUUAACUCCCACCUGUCUUUUUUUACCUUCUGACUUUCCUUGCCUGUCAGCUACACCCUUUAACUAGAGGUCAGUAAACAAGAUUGUUUUAUGUGGAAAUAGAUCAGCCAUAACGUCACCGACUCAGGUCAGAACCAUAAAUAUUCAGAUUGACAGUUUGAGAAGUCUUCAGUGGAGGUCUUACUUUACAAACUAUGCAGACCGGUGCCUAUUUCCUGCCUGACUUUUGGUUCAACACUAGCUGCGUUUCCAUUACAAAUGUGCGCAAAUCUUGAUUUAAAAAAAAAAAAUUUUUGAGAGGGAGGUCAUCCAGCCGAUAUCGGCCCUUGGCCUCCCCCUCAAACGGCUGCUUCCUCACCCCUUAGUACAUGUAGAUCUCCACUCCCGUCCUGAUGUCUCGAGUGGCGAGGUGGGUCGGCUAGGCCUGGGAACUUUGCUAACACACAUUUGACAUUAAAGUUCUUGGAAGAAUGGUUCAUCAUUCGGCCAAAGGUUGCCAGCUGCGGAUGACAUUCGCUCAGGUGGACCUGAGAGUUAAUGCAGAGUUCCUUGUCCCCAUACUGGGAAAAAGUAAAUAUAUGAUUUUUCUCUCGCCUUCAGGGACCCUUGGCAAACAUUU